GGCAGUGUAUAGCGAUGAAGCCAUAAACAGAAGUGGCAAACAAUAGACAGAGGUGGUUCCGCGUCAUUAUGCCGGGAGAGGGACAUCCUCAUUGCUGAAGCUGAGGCGAUUCCUACGCACACCAAUGAAGGCAUGCACCACCGAAGCUCUUGUGGAAUCUCCCUCUUCGUUUUGCGAAACCUAGGGAUGGGAAUAUGAAUAGUCUCUGAAUCGAGACGUUAAGAAUAACACAGGUCAUUAAGUAAGACUAUCUUCUCGUCACUGUGGAAUCAGACUUACAGAGGCGAGCAGAAUUUGUAGCCAACGAGUCGCUGAUGUCAAAAUGAUUUGCAUACUGACUUCCGCCCCACGACUUUAGUUCUGCAUCAGCCGGUCACCAGCUAAGACGGCGAGACAAGCAGAUGUGUGCGGCUAAAGACAUGAAAACCUGACAUUAAAUGAUCUGGUGCGCUACUUGUCUGGAUGUAUCGUAUGGUUGGUCACCAGACGCACCGGGAUUCGGGAAGAUUGGAUUAGGGGACAAAGCAUCGGCAGAAGUGCGUUUUAAAUCGUUGACUGGAUUCUAUAGCCUACUUUCAUUUGCAGAGGAGGACCCCGAACACCACUCGUUCAACAUGCUGAAGACACCGCAAUGUUUUUUAUAUUGUGUGUAUGUUGAAGUCCACGGACUAUGUCUCGUUUUAGCCUAAUUGACUCUUAAGGAUUGGAAUAUGGCACUUUAAAACGCGUUGACGCACCACCGUUUGCAGCAAAAUUGUAUUUUUUCGUCACUCUUUUCUGUGAAUCGUUUGUUUAGCCUGGAUAUAAUCCACACAUACAUACAUUUGCACUUUUUCCCCUGUGGAACCUGACUAGAUAAAGCAGUCCUUAGUAGAUUGCCGGUUCGCACGACAAGCUACCCAUAAAACUUUCGAUAAAAUAGGCUACCAUAUCCUGCGCCUGAAAGCUUUGACGUCUCUGGAUUGUAAAGAACGCCACUGGAGUAUCUUUAUUUAUUCUUUUUGAGAUGGAGUUUUAAGUCUUAACCCCUCGUUUCGACGUUCCGAACACUGUAGAUAUACGAUAUAUAGUGCCGAGAUAGAUGUCUAUUUUUUUUUUUAGGUAUUUCAAGUGUAAAUAUGUACUUUUAAUAGGCUAAAUGACUAAAGAUGUAUUCAUUUUUUUUUUUUUAAAGAACAGCCCAUAGACAGUGAAAGCUAAGCAUAGUUUCUUCGCCGUGCAUCAUUGUGUGUCUCAAAGUCACAAUAUUGCUAGUGUUCAAACUCAUUAGGUUUUAUAUAACAACUGUGCCUGACGGUCCAUUCUUACGAGAGGACACCUUCGAUUAUUGCUGUCUGUUAAACCUACUUUCUUUAACGCAACCAUUGGAAGACAGACUGUAGUGUGUUUUAUAGUCAAAAUAUAUUUAUUUAUUCCCCCUUUUGUGAAACCGGGAAAGGAUCCCCAAGCUUUGUCCACAAUGACUUACUUCUCCUAUGGUGUGGUUCUGCUGCUACGUGGACUCGUCAUCUCUGCAGUGUUAGGAUAUGAGGGCAUAUACUCAAGUGAUCUUUCCAGCCAUGCCACCUCGGAAGCCCCAAUUGUUGCAACUACAGACCCCUGCUUGACGGUGAUUCCUCCCUGUAUGAAUGAGGCGGACCGCUUCAGUCUGGACGCCCUACGGCACAUCCACAAGCAGCUGGACGACGACAACGAUGGAGGCAUAGAGGUCAACGAGAGCGUGGAGUUCAUCAUCGAGGACAUGAAACAGCAGCAGACAAACAAGCACAGCAACCUGCACCGCGAGGACCAGCACAUCACCGUGGAGGAGCUGUGGAAGGGCUGGAAGUCCUCUGAGGUUCAUAACUGGACACAGGACGACGCGGUACAGUGGCUGAAGGAGUCGGUGGAGCUGCCUCAGUACGAGAGCAACUUCAGGGAGUGCAGGGUGGAUGGAAACACUCUGCCUCGAAUAGCGGCGAACGAACCGUCGUUUAUGUCGUCACAGUUAAAAAUAUUAGAUCAACGACAUAAACAGAAAUUAAACUUGAAGGCCCUGGAUGCUGUGCUCUUUGGCCCCCCGCUACGGCCGCAGCACAACUGGCUGAAGGACUUCAUCCUGAUGGUGUCCAUCGUGAUUGGUGUGGGGGGCUGCUGGUUCGCCUACGUGCAGAACAAGUCCUCGCGGGUGCACGUGGUCCAGAUGAUGAAGGACCUGGAGAGCCUGCAGAGUGCCGAGCAGAGCCUCAUGGAUGUGCAGAGCAGGCUGGAGAAGGCCCAGGAGGAGAACCGGACGGUGGCGGUGGAGAAGCAGAACCUGGAGCAGAAGAUGCGGGACGAGAUCAGCGGGGCCAAGCGCGAGGCCUACCGCCUCCGGGAGCUCCGUGAGGGCGCCGAGAGCGAGCUCAGUCGACUCAAGUACGCUGAGGAGGAGCUGGUACAGGUGCGCAUGGCUCUGAAGAGGGCUGAGAAGGAGCUCCAGACGGAGUGGUCAGUGCCCGAGGCCCUGCAGAUGUGGCUGCAGCUCACGCACGAGGUGGAGGUCCAGUACUACAACAUCAAGAAGCACAGCGCCGAGCUCCAACUCGCCAUUGCCAAGGACGAGGCGGAGAAGAUUAAAAAGAAGAGGAGCUCGGUGUUUGGAACGCUGCACGUGGCCCACAGCUCUUCCCUAGAUGAGGUGGACCAUAAGAUCCUGGAGGCCAAGAAGUCCCUGUCGGAAGUGACGGCCUGCCUGCGCGAGCGCCUGCACCGCUGGCAGCAGAUCGAGAAGCUGUGCUGCUUCCCCGUGGUGCACAACUCGGGCCUGCCCAGCCUCACGGCCUCGCUCUACUCCGACCACAGCUGGGUGGUCAUGCCCCGGGUCUCCAUGCCGCCCUACCCUAUCGCUGGCGGCGUCGACGACCUGGACGAGGACAUGCCGCCCAUCAUGACCCAGUACAACCCCCAAAUGAUGCGGCCCCCGUUGACGCGCAGCAGCAGUGUGUGCCGCUCGCGCCGGAGCCUGCUGAGCUCCCAGCAGCCCUCGCUCAUGUCCCCUGAUCCCGACUUGCUCCCCAUGGGCAGCGCCCCGCCACCCUCCUACCGCUCAGACGCCACCCCCGAGGACGAGCACAUCUUCUUCUGCGUGGAGAGGAAGGGGGACAGUCAGGACACCUGCUCAGACACAGACUCUCUCAGCUCCUCCCAGGGCAGGAAGCACUACACCGGCCCCUGCGGCUCGGGCCAAGACACUCCCCAGCGCAAGAUCUCCCGCGAGGAGAUGAUCAUGCUGUGCCAGGAGGCCCACCAGAUCUCCUCCUCCUCGGAUCCAUCCCCUCCUCCUCCCCCAGCCCUGCCCGUCCCCAGCCCCGCCCACGGCCACACCCCACCCCACCACCACCGCCACGGCCACAAGGGCUCGCCCGACCUGACGCGCACCAUCCCCGAAUCGCAGAGCAUGACCUUUCACCCCGGCAGUGCCAAGCACCACAACGGCAUCCUGGAAAAGUCCUACAGCCUGAGCCAGCUGCCCGCCACGGCAGUUGUGGCGGCGGCGGCGGCAGUCUCGGACGGACGCCACCCGUCCCUCUGCUCCCUUGACUCUGAGGCCAAGAGCCCCAAAGAGGUGAAGCUGCACAGCUCGUCUUCACAGGACUCCUGCGACAACGGAGAAAAGAAACGCUCCAAGAUCAAGAGCUUGUUCAAAAAGAAAAAGUAAUAUAUAUAUAUAUAUCUUAGAAUUAUGGUGAAUAGAAAUCAAAUAAAGACGAAAAAAAAAAAAAAAAAAAAAUGGGGAAUAUUUUGAAAAAAUUGAGUGAGGAGAAAAGAGAAGAAAAGAAGGAUGAAAAAAAAGAGAAAGUUGUGUAGCCUUAAAAGAAUGGACUGUUCACAGAAGCCAAAACAGUUUUUUUUGUUUAGUUCUGUUUAGUUCUUUCUUUCAUUUUCUUUCUUUUAUUUUUGUAAAUCAGAAUGUAGCUCCGUCCGGGAAUUCUCCUGGAUUGGCAGCCUUUGUACGACACCUCGUGUUUUAUUUCUUCCUUUUUUCCUUCCUUUCUUUUCUCUCUUUUCUUCAAAGGUCACUCGUAGCCUCAAAAGGUCAAGUAUGGGGUCCGAAGUCAAGGGGGGUCAUGUCAUAAAAAAUGAAAAAAGAAAAUAAACACCUCGACUGUCCUCUUGGCUUUGUACCAACUUUAAAUCCACUUGUGUUUCAGGGGUAGGAAUUGAAACAGGGCGUUCAGCUUUAAGUCAGAUGUUGUUUACUGAGGCCAAUGAGCUUAUGUACUUGAUGAAUUUCCUUUAUAUAUAUUUUUUUUUUCAGAGUAAAAAAAAUCCUGCUAAAAUUUGUUGCACUACUGCUUUCCCUGUGUAGGGAGAGAGCCACUCUUUCCGGUGAUAAAACCAUACAGUUUAAAUAUGUAGAAAUCAGGAGACGACACAUGCGUUACAGUGGCAGAAGAUAGUUGGUAGAGCCAGAUGGGGGAGUUAAAGAAUCAUGGCCUUUUAGCUGGAUGUCACGGUUAGCAGAGCUCUCCCAUGUGGCAGUGCACAUCAGUGUGUUGAUCGCAGUCACAUUUUCGGGGCGAAAUCGUUAAUGUUGCUCCUUGGAGUAAAACAAUUAGUGAUUUGUCACACAUCGAGAGAAACCAAUAUGUAAUGUUACUUCGUUGAAGAAGAUGCAAACAAUUAGCGAUUUGUCGCGUGUUUAGAGAAACCAAAUCGUAGCGAUGUAUUUUCACAAGGCACAAGCGAUUAGGGCAUUGUUGUGUGUCGAGAGAAAUCAACAUUUAGCUGUGCUUUUUCAAAGAAGGCACAAGCUAUUAGCGAUUUGUCGCGUGUCGAGAGAAACCAACAUGUAGUGGUGCGUUGUUCAACAACACAAAACCGAUGACUUGAGGUGCUAGCUGCUGGUAAAAUUGUGCAUUUCGUGCGCUUCACUGCGUGUGUAGUCCUUGUUUUUUUUUUUUUUUUUUCUGUUUUUGUUGUAUACUUUGUUUUUACAUGAUAUUGAAAUAGUAGGGUUUUUAAAAUAAAAAAAAGAAACGCAAUUUCUAAUCCAGUAGCUGUGGAAAGACCGAGAACAUGGCGAAAGGGAGAGAGACAGAGACUAUCCUUCUUUUUUUUUUUAAAUACGAGUGUGGUAAAAGAAUAUGCAGACUUGGUACAAAAAUCCCCCCAUCCCAUGUCACCUCACUCUCACCCCCUACCCACAAUGCCCUUUCACUCUCCACCUCUCCUCACACCGAUGGGCAUGGACUCCGAUGGGCGUUCCACCCACACUGUGACUUUGAGAACCCUCCCACCACCCCAGCCCCAGUUUCCGAAGAAGACACAUGCACAACCAUGCACUAGAAUAACACCUUUGGCGGCCUGCCGCGUUAUUUAUAUGUUGUGAGAGCGUUGUGUGGGUGUGAGUGUAAGGGCCGGAGAGACAACCAGAGCUGUGACCUCGCCAGUGCUGUGUUCACCGCCUAGUACAGCACAGACACCGAAUCGGGUCUGUACUUGUGAUUUAACAUUAUUUAAAUUAAAAAAAAUGACAGAUAAAAGAAAUUAAACAAAGGAGUCCAGCGAUCGGAGGGGUGAAACCUGGUGAAUGUCGGUAAGCUGUUAGGAAAUCUUCCUUUUUUUGGAAUAUUUGGUGUGUGAAUAUUUGUAUACUGUAGAAAGAAUUAAUAAUAAAUGAAGUAUCUUCCAUG